AUGGUGGACAUUCGCAAGACUUUUGACCAAAUCGGAUUUGGUGGAGCGUUCUCCCUCGGUUUGAUAGAUCAACGCCAUAUCCUGAUCAACUUCGACCAUGAGAAUGACUUUCAACGUUGCUGGCUCCGACAAACCUGGUCGAUCAAAGGUGCUCUAAUGCGUGUCUUUAAAUGGUCUCCGGAUUUCAGGCCUGAGAUCGAAUCGCCAGUUGUACCGGUGUGGAUAGCAUUCGAAGGCCUGCCGGCACACCUCCAGGAUAAACGUGCUAUCUACUCGAUCGCCAAUUUGAUUGGCCCCCCGCUGAAGGUUGUUGCCUCCACUCUUACGCACAAUAGGCCCUCCCUGGCUCGGGUCUGUGUGGAAUUGAAUGUCAGCACCCCCCUCACUGAACAGAUUUGGAUCAACAAUGGCUCCUUUGGUGGAUUUAUGCAGAAAGUUUCGUACGAGUUCGUCCCUCCAUAUUGUUUGGGUUGCCAAAAAUUUGGUCAUCUAUCACCAGAUUGCCGAGCACAGAUGAAAGGACGCAAGGAUCCCCGGAUUGAACCUAUGCCCAGUCGCCAACCACAGAUUGUUCCACCAAGAAAAAGAUGGCGGCUAAUCGAACAAGAGACCGCACAUCGGAGUGUUGAUCCUCCGGCGAACCCUGCCCCUGAUCCCCCGGCGAUUGCCCCAAAAUUCCAACCAGAUGAUAGAAUACAAGACACCGAUAGCUCUACGCCACAGGUAGCCAUCCCAGACGCCAAUGCGUUUCUGGGGGAUACAGUCAUAGAUGAUCAGAGCCUCCUUCAGCCCUCCCAAUCAGAUUCGCAACCCGGCCAUUUAUCAGAAGGUGACGAGGCUCAUGAUUUUCAAGCAUACAGUCAAUCCCUGCUUGAGUCUUGGAAAGAAGACAGUAAGCAAUUUGCCUCUAAGUUAGGUAAAUCCCAGCCAGAUGAUUUCAUAACUGUGACCAAGAAAAAGAGGCGGCCUCGUGAGGAUUAUUCAGUGAAUGUCCCUGCUGUCACGACGCGCUUCGCUGCUGGAAAAAUCGCCCGCGUUUCCUUCUCCCACCGAUUGAAAUGA